CCGGAUAGUUGAGAUUCCAGUGGUGUCAUGCUUCUGGCGAAUCAGAAGUUAACUUGCGCUAUGCACAUCGACUCCUAUUUCCCUCCUAUUCCACCUUCCCACCUUUUCCACCUAUUCCAGAAUGUCUGGCAUGUCAAGUUCGUUACCGAUAUGACAUCUCGACAGUUGAUAUCCCUGCUCGCCUGAAUGGGACGAUGUAAUUGAAGGAUGGUUCGACGGUUACAAUAAAUAAAAGCAGAAAUAGUCCCCUCGAAUCUAGCAUUAUCUUUCCCACUUACAUCCUCAGCACUGAGAUCCGAGUCUUAAGGCGUUGCACUGGGCGAUAGUUGCAUCCGCUUAUCGGUGUUUAAGUUUAUCGAUUGCCAGCUCUAGCUCUAGUCAGGCACGAAGGGACCCUUGCCCCCAUCGACUCUCCCCCCUGGCUCCGAUAAUCCAAUCUAAACUCCGAGUCCAAAAGAAAUAUUCCCCAAUUGACAGGACGGACGCCGCGCGACUCGCGAAAUUGCAUAGACUUAUUCCCUGACUUUAGAGGAUCAUAGCAAAUUUGUUUUUAAAAACAAUUGCGCCCGACACACUCCUUGGACUUCCUCUCGUUCGCUCAUCGUCCUUCAUUCUCAGUAUCGCGUCUCAAUUGUUCGCCUUCCAAUCCUUUCAUCAUGGAUGUCGUGCUCGAACUCACCGACACCUUCAUAGCCGACUAUGUCUACGCCUGGGCGCACCCGGCGAAGUCAAUUCCCUCUUCUUUCUUAGAAACCAGCAACACCACAAUCCAGGAAUUGUCAUCAUGGCAGUUCAAGACAGUGAACCCUUACUUCCAUGUCGAUCCUACUAAAUACGCUUAUAUGAGCGCAUGGAAUAGGGAUAACAUAUAUCGACAAUUCACAACCCUAUUCCUAAUUACCUGGAUUUUCGGUUUCGUCCUAUACUUCUCAUUCGCCACACUUUCAUACCUCUUCGUCUUUGACAAAAAAACGACGCAGCAUCCGAAGUACCUCAAGCACCAGAUGUGGCUCGAGAUCAAGCAGGCGAUGCAGUCUAUGCCUGGCAUGUCUGCUCUGACUGUUCCCUUCUGGCUUAUGGACGUCCGUGGCUACACCCGACUUUACGACACUCCUGCUGACGGGCCUGGAAUGUGGUACGAAAUCUUGCAGUACCCCUUUUUCAUCCUGUUCACAGACGCCUGCAUCUACCUGAUCCACCGUGGCCUUCACCAUCCGUUGAUCUACAAGCGUCUUCACAAGCCACACCACAAGUGGAUCAUGCCCACCCCCUAUGCCUCGCACGCCUUCCACCCUGUCGACGGCUGGGCGCAGUCUCUCCCCUACCACGUCUUCCCUCUGCUCUUCCCCCUUAACAAGUUCGCAUCUGUCGGUCUGUUCGUCUUCGUCAACUUCUGGACCAUCAUGAUCCACGACGGCGAGUACGUGGCCAACAGCCCCGUCAUCAACGGCGCCGCCUGCCACACCAUGCACCACCUGUACUUCAACUACAACUACGGCCAGUACACCACUUUCUGGGACCGUCUCGGCCACAGCUACCGCAAGCCCGACGAGGGCCUGUUCCAGAAGGAGCAGAAGAUGAGCGACGACCAGUGGAAGAAGCAGGUCAAGGAGAUGGAGAAGAUGGUCAAGGAAGUCGAGGGCGAAGACGACCGCACCUACGACCCUGCCGGCGUCAAGAAGAACAACUAGACUCUUCUCGUCGCCACAUUUUUCAAAAAGCACCCGUUUUUCUUCUCUCUCCUAGCAUCUAUGCAUCCUAGGAUCGGCCGCGAGCGCGGCCGAACGAAAAGACGUCUCGUCCUGUGAUGCCGUCGACGGAACGAGGCGUUUGGCGGUUGAGAUUGGGCGGGCUUAAUUAGAGGAGGUCGGACAUAUUAGAAGAUCACGGGCAGAAUGAAUGCUGGGGCCCGCCCUUAAUGACGGCGUUCCGGGUGCUGCAUUGAUUGGUAUGCCAUUAUCCAUCGUUAUUUGCUUUUCCCCUCGAUCCGUUGCUAUUUAGAAAAAAGAAAGAUAUCUUCGAGACGAAAUGGGAGAUUGGUUUCGUUGAUGGAAGAUGAGGCGACUCACUCUCUUUCUCUCUCGUGUUUCUUGUCGAUGGAAGAUGAGGAAUAUGGGAUGCUGAAAAUGUGUAUGUAUGGACGGAUGGAUCAAUGGAUGGAUAAUGGAUAGUAUAAAACAAACAGAUUUAAUGGCUAAAUAAAACCUAAUGUUUUCUAAGCAA